AUGGUGGCGAGUAGCAAACGGACAGCCGCAGAAGCUGGCUUUUCACAUUCCCACUGUGGCAUCGGACAGACCCUCCACAACAUCACGGCCACACAAGCAUCAAACACGACUUAUGUGGACGGUACAGAAUCUAACAGUAUGAACGCUGAAGGCUCAGCAACUGUUACCUCACAAGAUUGGGCAGUGGCAGAGUCCAAGUCUUCCCGAAAGAAAAGACGCAAAAUUGAACGAGAAUCGGAUGGUGAUCCCAGCAUCAGCUUCUUCAAAACACGACCCGAACGUGUUGAUCUCAAGGCUUUGCAAGAUCUUGUUCUCUACAUUUUGGCAGACGGUGUCGCUCCAACCUGGCUGGCUGUAAAGAACGCAAGGCAGAUCAAGAAGGUGGUGGUGCUGAUGGUUCCCGCCCUGGAUCAGAAGAUGCUGGAGGACUCGGAGCUAUGGAACAGCAUAUCUGAAGAGAGCGAGAUGAAUAGCAUGAGCAAGCCUGACGAGUCAUUCACACAUCCUGAUUCGACCGCUCAAGCCCAACAUCCAGCCUCAGCCGACGCUUCAGCCAUCAUUUCGCCACCAGAAGCAGACUCUGAUCUUCCUCCACAACCCAAAUUGAGAGACAGUCUCCUCCGACACAUUAUCGAAGUCCGUGCCCCUGGGGAUUCACGCAUAAACAGAGUACACUCUCCGCUCCAAGGCAUGCUCAUCGCACCCUUUUCCGAAUCCACCAAGCAGAGAGAGAAGCACGGCAAAGAUGAGAAGUCUUUCCAAGCAGUCCGCACUCCCGUUGUAAACUUUGUCCAUGCAGUCAGCGAGUUGCGAGAAGCAGAAUAUCCAAUCCACCCUGCAGCAUUUGCAGAUCCGAAAGAUGCGCAACUGGAGAAGGAACGAAGAGAAAAAACAGGCCAGUCGAAAUCCUCCGGCUGGGUCGACACCGAUGUCUCCAUCUUCAAGCCUCGCAUCCUGCCGUCCUCCUCCCCUCCCAAGUCCCACGAUUUCUUGACGCAAGGUCUGAAAGCCUACGCUCUGGAUUGCGAAAUGGUCCUUACAAGUGAUGAAAAAUACUCGCUCGCGCGCAUCUCUGUUCUCGACUGGGCCGGCAGAACUGUGCUGGACAGAUACGUCAAGCCGGCACUGGCAAUAAAGAACUACUUUACGGAAUUUUCCGGCAUUACCCAGGAAAUCCUUGAAAAUGUCACGACGACGUUGGGGGACAUUCAGAGAGAGCUACUCAACAUCGUGGGACAGGAUACCAUCCUUCUCGGCCACAGUCUUGAAUCUGAUCUCAAUGCACUGAAACUGACACAUCCAUUCGUCAUUGACACGUCAAUCAUCUAUCCACACCCGCGCGGUCUGCCCUUGCGUUCGUCCCUGAAAUUCCUAGCAAACCGCUAUCUAAAACGGGAGAUCCAAAAGGGCGGCAUGAGCGGGCAUGACAGCGUAGAAGAUGCCAGAGCAGUGUUGGAUCUGGUAAAGUUGAAGUGUGACAAGGGACCUACCUGGGGAACUUUGGAUGCGAACGGCGAAAGCAUCUUUCGCAGGAUUGGAGGGACGCUUAAGAUGAGCGCCAACGGAGAGGUUGUGUUGAAGACCACAGCCAUUGUGGAGUAUGGGACGCCGGAGAGGGGACUGGGACGAGAUGCAACAUACAAGAUUGGUUGUGCGAAUGAUGAUGAGAUUGUACGGGGUGUUCUCAGGGCUGCUCAUGGGGAUUCGGUUGAGAACUCGACAGUUGCGGAACAUGGCAAGGAAGAUGGUGCUGAAGAGAAGCGCACGAGCCAUAGCGGAGAAGGAGAGACCCAAGAUCAUGAUCAGACCAUCCCGCUGGGCGGCACUGAAUUCAUUUGGGCUCGACUUCGCGAUCUUGAAGCCGCACGAGGCUGGAAUACACUCCCCAGCGACAGCUUUCUCGCACCUGCGUCUUCCUCCUCCUCCAGUCGGCCCUUACCCAGCGACCAAACAGACCACCUCAGAAGCGUGAUGCGUCAGACCCUUCAACGCAUCUAUCAAAUCUACGCCAACCUGCCGAGACGGACACUGCUAGCUAUUUACAGCGGCACUGGUGACAUGCGUCCCCUUCUACGGCUGCAAAAUCUGCAGGCCCAGUAUAGACGGGAGUUCAAGGUGAAGAAGUGGGACGAGCUCUCAGUGAAAUGGACGGACGUGGAAGAGCAGGAGAUGAAGAAAGAGUGUGAGAGAGCGAGGCGGGGGGUCGGGGUCCUGGCAAUUCGAUAA